UAGAGCUGGCAUUUCUUUGAGGAGGGAGAAAAGAGGAAUCACGCUGAAGCUAAAAAUCUCUGAAUCUGCACUCCCAGGGUGGGCUUACAUUGAAGGAUAGACAGGAAAAAAAAGAAAGAUGGAUGUGGAGCGAUGCAAGUGCUCUUAUUGGACAAUUUUGUGAGGCUGCAAAGCACUAAGGGACACAGCAGAAAAUGAUAUUUAGUUUUUAUAGCAAGACCAUUCGGAGGGCUUAAGCCGGGGGGAGGCUAAAUGGGAGGUUUUUAAUUUUUUUGGACAGGGUGAGCUGGGACAAAAAAAUGGGUCAGGUUUGGUAAACACACACAGGAUGGGAAAAGAACCACCUGUCCUUCUUAAGAUGAGGUGAGCGCACAUUAACAGAAGCACACACAGAAACCUCGCACACACUCUGCACAUCACACCGAGUCUUCAGGACAGUUUCGCAGGAUUCACGAUAGAUUGGAUCCUUGCUCCUCGCAAAGUGCGUGACUUUGAAAAUGCUUUAAGACGUCUGCCGUCGGGAUCCCCUGGAUUCAUCUGAGGACUGAACUUGUGAAUAGAACCAGCCACUAAACUCCCAGGUGACUCUCUCCUGCGACAACCUGUGGACACAGAAGCUCGGCUUUUUUUUUCUUUUGUGGGAUCCCUCCCCCUAAGAAAAAAAAAAAGAAGCAAAACAAAAAAACUCCCUGAUGAGCUUGCAAUUAGGUGGAUCACCUGUCUCAUGAAGAUCCUGUCCUGAAACGACCCAUCCCGGAGGCUUCAUCAGCCUGUCCCCUUUUCUCCCCCCAACUAGAUGUCUUGAUGUAUUGCUGUGGGCUGGGACACUGGCGGAGAGUGCAGUCCACCUAUGGAGAGCAUAAGGACACAGAUGUCGUUGAGGAAAGAAACGCCCAGGUGCAGCUGGAGAAAGCAAAGUACAAGCCUGUGGCAUUUGCUGUACGAUGCAACUUCUCUUACACGCCAGCAGACGAUGACAACGUCCCUGUACCAGGCAAGGCUGUCACUUUUGAGGCCAGGGACUUCCUACAUAUCAAAGAGAAGUUUAACAAUGACUGGUGGAUCGGACGGCCGGUGAAGGAGGAUGGUGUGGUGGGCUUCGUCCCCAGUCCAGUCAAUCUGGAAACCAUUCUUAUCCGAAGAGAAGUCCAAGCGAGGAAAGCUGCCAAGGCAUUAGCCAACAAAGCUGCAUCUCAGGUAGCUCAAGAUAUGAACUCGAAGAAAUAUACGCCUCCAUCACAAGCAGCCAAUCAGCAGGUGAAAAAGAAGCCGGGGGAGCAGGUGGCUAUGUAUGAUGUAGUGCCUACAAUGCGCCCUGUGGUUCUAAUGGGACCAUCACUGAAGGGCUUAGAGGUAACAGAUAUGAUGCAAAAAGCACUAUUUGACUUUUUAAAACAUCGAUUUGAAGGCAGAAUUACUAUUACGCGGGUAACAGCAGAUAUCUCACUGGCAAAACGAUCCAUCCUCAACAACCCUGGCAAAAAGGCCUUAAUGGAUCGCUCCAACACCCGCUCCAAUUUAGAUGCUGCCGCUCAGAUCCAAGGGGAGGUGGAGCGUAUCUUUGAGCUCGCCCGCAGUCUGCAGUUGGUCAUUUUAGACGCAGACACCGUCAACCACCCUAUGCAGGUGUCCAAGACCUCCCUAGCUCCAAUUCUUGUCUAUGUAAAGAUCUCCUCACCAAAAGUGUUGACAAGACUGAUCAAGACCAGGGGGAAGUCUCAGACCAAACAUCUCAAUGUUCAGCUUGUGGCAGCAGACAAGCUUGCUCAAUGUCCACCAGAAAUGUUUGAUGUCAUCUUAGAUGAAAACCAGCUAUCGGAUGCCUGUGAGCACAUUGCUGAUUACCUGGAGUCCUAUUGGAGAGCCACUCAUCCGCCAGAGAUGGAGCCUGCCAACGCAGUGGUGGCCCAGCUGGCUGAGAAUACACUGCCUGCCAGUCCUACAGUAAUACCGGAUGAGCAGAAAAGCAAGAAGUCAGGUGCCCCUAAGAGGAAAGGCUCACGGGAGAACCAUCUAGACCAUGAGCCCCCUUCAGUCCCGGCUCAGGAGCAGACCGCUGAGGAGGGCCAGAGAGAGGAGGAAGAGCGGCUCCUGAAGACUGAGCCAAAAAGACCCCAGCACACCCACCACCAUCACCAUCACCACCACCACCGGCGGACGGAGCACCACAGCCACGUCCAGCACAGCCAGACUUCAGGUGGCAUGGAAAUACAGUCGAGCAGGGAUUACGCCUCAAGGCCUCCUCGAAGGUACAUGCCCGAGGAGAGGGAUGGCGAGGUGGACGAUGUCCUAAAGGAGGACGAGGAGGAGAUUUACUGUAACUUCCGGGUUCAUAACCACCAUCAUCACAACAGUAACCACCAACACCAUCACCACCACCACCACCAACAUCAUCGUGGAAACAUCCAGCCAUAUGUUGGGGAGGACUACGAACAGGAGCACAAUGAACGCAACCGGCAGCACAGACAUCACCAGCAUAUUCCACCACGGACACACCACACAACGGAUCACUAUACUGCACACAACCAUCACAGCUACCACCACUACCCAGGCAGAGACCGGGAGAGAGACAGGGACAGAGACAGGGAAAGAGAAAGAGACAGAGAUAGAGACAGAGAUAGAGACAGGGAUAGGGAUAGAGAAAGACAUAAGGACAGGGAAAGGGACAGGGAUAGGGAUCGAGGUAGAGAUAGAGAUAGAGACAGAGAUGCUCGACAGUGGCACAGAGAUUCCUAUAUACACUAGUGACUGUUGUUUCUACUCCAGGUUGAUGCAUGGAAUUAUGCUUCUCACCUUAUAAUGCACUAAUGGGCAGGGCAGGUUAUGUCUUCUUUGUAGUCAAUGUUUCUCCUCAUAUUGCAUUUUUUAAAGAUUUACCCUGUCCCACAUGCACACAUCUAGUUCUUUCUUAUUUUAGCUCUUGUAAGAUAAAAUUUUUUGUAUGUUUUAUCCUAAGUCUUACGGCUCCAUACGUGUUUUGGCACAAACAGUGGUCAAGGUUAAACUGCAUCAGAACACUCAUGACUCGCUCUAGUCUAGCGUUCACGAUAAUAAUUUCAUAUAUAAUUUCAGUAUCCACUAAGGUUACUUUUUUAAUUUGUCAUGAUCACAGCAGCCAAUAGAUUUGUCUGACCAUCAGUCAAAUAUCGAAAGAUGCUCAGUUUACAGUAAUUCAGAAUAGCAGCAACAACAAAAAACAUGUAUUAUGUUUUGAUUCAGUAUACAGUAGCUGUGACAUCAGACUAAAAUGUUUUACUGUGACUUUGUUUUGAUAUUGUGAAACAUUAUUUUGUGUCAACUUGGUUCUUGAACCAAACAAAACAAUCAGUUUGGAAAUGUCACUUUAAGCUAUGGGGAACUGCAAUUUGAAUCUUUAACAUUUUAUUGACUAAAGAGUAAAUUUACUAAUGUAUAAAGUGGCAGGUUAAUCAAUUAAACGAAAUCAUUAGUUGCAGCCCAUUAAUGUUUAUCUCCCUUAUCAGACAAUUAACUAACUCAUUAAAUGCACAAAAUGUGAAAGAAAAGUUACAACAAUGAAUGUUGUAUUUUAGGAUAUUUUCUUCUACAUAUCUGCACAGUGAGAUUUUUUUGUCUGAUCAAAUGUUCAUACAACUGUGGCGAACAACUGACUUGUGCAUUUCGGUGUCACAUCUUCAUUUAAAUUGGUGUGUCCAAAGACAAGUUAUUUUAAACACUGUUAUGAAAAGUCAAACUAUUUUUCUACAUGAUUUGAGAGUGAAGUCACUACUUUACUUCCUACUUUUUACACUGGUGUACAAGCAUAUUUACUGACUUGUGUUUGCUGUGUCUGGAAGCAUGAAUAAUCUUUUGGUGACACUGACCUGUGCUAUAUGCUGGAUACUCUAUGCAUCUUCUUGUGAUAAAAUAUAUUGCUUGAAUACAAUCUCUAUGCAUUUGUACAUACUUCAUAAUUGCCUUGUUAAGUAAAUGUAAGGAGAACCAGAGAGCCUCUUGCACUGUUUGGUAAGACUUUGGUAGAACCACAGACUUUAACAAGACGGGAUUGACUCUGUUCCUUUUAAGACUUUUUUUUUGGCUAUCUUUGUUUGUUGGUUGGUUGGUUUUGUACAGCAUUCAGAAGUUAAUUUCGACAAAUAUGCAUUCUAUUAUUGAAAAUCAUUAAACUGUAAAAUGUGUUAAAUGACACCACACUCAAUAAUUACUGUCCACUGAAUCUAUCAGCGAAAGUUUUUUUUCAAGAUGAACUCAAGAUCAUCCAGCAGUAUUGCAAGAGAGAAACAAGGUAACUUGCCCGAACACUUAAGGUCACGGGAACCAAGAUGGACAAACAUUUAAGCAAGCUCAUAUAUAUUUUUCAUUUCAUUUAAAACAUCAAAUAAACCAACAGAAAGCAUAAA